AUGCCGCCGCACACGAACAGCAAGCCCGAGUACCGUGCCCGCCCGCCCUACCACCACGCACGCCAGGUCAAGAUCAACCGCCCGGUCCUUCGGAUCCCGACGCUGGCCAUCCACCUCACCAAGGCCGACGAGCGGAAAAGCUUCAGCCCCAACCUCCAGAGCAACUUUUUCCCGGUGCUUGCCACAGAGGUGAAGGCGAAGCUCGCCGCCGGUGGUGCCUCUUCGAAGGCUGCCGCGGGGGAAGGGGAGUCUGCGGGCAAAGAGGGGGGGGGGGACGAGAGACACCACGCCCUGCUGGUGGAGCUGGUGGCGGAAGAGUUGGGGUGCCAGCCGGAAGAUGUGAAGGACUUUGAGCUCCAGCUCUGCGACACGCAGCCGUCCUGCAUCGGGGGGACGUGCUCCGAGUUCGUGCUCAGCGGCCGUCUGGACAACCUCUGCAGUUCUUGGCAGUCCAUCCGUGCCCUGAUCGACGGUUGCGAGGGGGACGGGCUGGCAUCGUGCAAGGGGGUGCGGUCGGUGUUCCUUUUCGACCACGAGGAGGUGGGCAGCACCUCGUGCCAAGGGGCCGCCGGCACUCUGCUGCCGGACUGCAUGAAGAGGAUAGCGAAGGGUCUGGCGGCAUCCCCAUCAGACUUUGUCAUGGAGGCAGUCGUGCGCAAGAGCUUCCUCGUCUCUGCCGACAUGGCGCACGCGCUGCACCCGAAUUACCAGGACAGACACGACCCCGCCCUCGGCCCCAAGAUACACUCCGGCAUGGUGCUCAAGCAUAACACCAACCAGCGGUACGCGACCAACGCCGUCACCGCCUUCUUCUUCAGGGAGCUGGGCGCGCGGGCGGGCUUGCCCACGCAGGAGUUUGCGGUUAAGAGCGACUCCGCAUGCGGGAGCACGAUCGGCCCGACACUAUCCGCACUGUCAGGCAUCAGGACGGUGGACGUGGGGUCCCCGCAGCUUUCCAUGCACUCCAUCCGGGAGAUGAUGGGGGCCGACGAUGCCGUGCUCGGUUACAGGCACAUCAAGGCGGUGUUGGAGAACUUUUUCGAGAUCGACGGGCAGCUGGUGGUAGACGGGUGCCCUCCUGCGGUGGUCGCAUAAACACACGAGAACAAGAUUCGAUAGUGAAAGCGUGUGUACUGAUCAGCAGUAGCACAUGAUUCUGCCCUCGGCACCAUUGUUUAUCACGUGCUGUGCGAAUAGAGGGAGCGCGCUACAGUUAUUAGUAGUAUCAGACAACACCGAUCGGUGACAAUUUGGGGUCUCGUUCGCGCACACGUAUUGUAGGGGGGAGGGAGGGGUGAGGUGGGGUGGAGGUAGGUUUCGACCAAUGCGGGAAGGAGGCGGGAGAGUUUGCGCCCUCUGCGGGGAGCUGCUGCGGGCGAGAUGAUGACCGGCGGGUGCGAGCAGCAAACGGGCACACCACACAGGAGGCACGCCGCUUGCAAGGGCAUCGUCGCCUCCGACGCGUGUCAGGGUGAUACAGUUUGGUGUCGACAGCAAGGCAGCUGCAGAGAAAGGGUUUGUGGGGACCCAGAGAGAAACGGACUUGUGGCACGCAGUUUUCUGAUUGGUGAAAAAACCUUGGGUCGAACAAAAAAUCGACAAUCGACAGGGCUUUCAGCUGCGUGCCCAAAAAUCUCUUUCCCUUGCUUUUUUUUUAGUGUUGACAUCGAUUUCCGCUAGCGCCCAAUACGCCACAGGACAACAGCAGGCAGUUAUCCGGGCCGGGAAGAGAAGGCGGUUGACUUUAGUCGAUCGUAGAGGCGGGAAAUGCUUUCAGCGUAGAGAGAUCCGCCGUGCUUUCAUUUUGCUUGAUGUGUUUUGUCGUCGCGGCGACCGCGGAGGGCGCAGCACGUCGUUUAUCGCCGGACCGCUGCGUACACGCAGGGAGGGUUCGAAACUGCGCUCGAAGCGUAGUUGAGAAGUUUGUCUUUAAUCUAGACUCGUCUCGUUCGCUUCCCACCAUUGGAAAGAUGGGUCAGACAAGAUGAAAACUACUGCUGAUGCAGCU